CAGUUCGGCGCAAGACGACUGUUAGACCGGAUGACGUGUUUCUGCGCAUGAGCUUAGCUAGCCAACGUCGCCAUGACAAGAACCAGUUUAUGCAUGCUCAAACUUCUUCCGUUAAAUGCAAAAACAGUUUAACGGAUUUUAUUGUCGUUUGCGUGCGAAUAAUCAUCAAAAGAGAUGUACAAUGGCGGGCGAAGCGACGGUGACUUUCCGUUGGGGCCGAAUGUAGUAAAAGAAUCGGGAACCUAUGGAAAUUGUGUCCUCUGUGGGAUAACUUUAAGCCAUGAGCGAUAUCCCCAACUUCUUCCCUGUUUGCACUCUAUUUGUCAAGCAUGCCUGCCCCCAGACAAUCCAGGGAUGCAGAAAGAUCUCUCUAUCUCUCCAGCAUGUCCGUCCUGUGACCUGCCAUUCAAUAUUCUGAAAGUCAAAGAUAAUCUCUUUAUUAAGAACUUUUCCAACGAACUCUGGACUAGUAAUGUCAAGUGUACCUGUUGUGAGGGGUUCGUGGUGAGUGGCUGGUGUGUGGAGUGUGGAGAGGCGCUGUGUUCGGAGUGUGUAUCUGCACACAGGAGAGUGAAAGUGACGAAGGACCACACCAUCCGGCUCCAACCCCCAACAGGAGUCUCCACCCCCACAGUGUUUUGUCCCUCCCAUAAACAUGAGCCAAUCAAGCUCUUCUGUUUGACCUGCGAUCAGCUGACCUGUCGAGACUGCCAACUAAUGGAUCACAGGAACCACAGUUUCCAGUUCCUCCAUGAGGCGAUGGCCAGCCAGAAAGAGCAGCUUCAGUCCCUGGUGCAGAGAGUGAGGCAGCAGAGAGUUGCAGUGAAGCAGAGCCUCCUGGACAUGGAUGGCAGAUUGCUGGACAUAACAGAACUCAAGUCAAAGCUGAAGGAGAGCCUGAAGAGAAUGCUUCUUGCCACUGUUCAACUCUUAAAAUCGAGAGCCUUGUCGAUCUACAGCAACAUAGAGACUAUGUGUAAUGCCGAGGUGGCGGGGAUCGAGACGAGACGGAGUGCACUAAACAGACUGGGGCAGAGGCAGGAGUAUGUUGCUGACUUUGCUGAGAAAGCCCUGAAUGUGGAGGACUUCUUUGCCUUGCUCUCCUGCAAAGGGCAGAUUGGAUCCCAGUUACAGCAUCUCUUGACUCAGAGUACUGAGCCCCCGGGGACCAUGCUUAAGUUGCAGCUGGUGGUUACUGAUGACUUCAAGAAGCAAAUUGCUUCCUUUGUUAAACUUUUGGGUGAUAUUGUCCCCUUUGCCCGAUCAGAUGUUAGUCAAGACAGCAACCCUCUGGAAAACCAAGAAAGACCCAAUGGUCCCUCUGGCCAGACCUCGUCCAGUGGUCCUCACAUUUCCAUCCAUUCUGUUCCCCCUCUACAUACCCCUGUCUUCCAGCCCCCAUGCCCCUCUUACACUGCCCCAUCCAGUCCCCUCAGUCAGCCCUCCACUUCCCAGCCCUCCACCUCCCGUGAGCAGCCUCCUCCUUAUCGCUCCCUGCCUGUCUACACCCCUUCAAACCUUCCAUUGAGCCAUCCUGUGGCACCCCAGCCCCACCCAUCUACACUAGCCCCAUCUCACUCCUCCCUGAAUAAACAUAAUCCACCAUUCUGUCAUCCAUCAAACCCUGCCCAGCCAUCACUUGUCCCUGCACUUCAUGUCCAGUCACCAUUGGUCCCCACAAACCAUGCCCAGCUAUCCCCUGUUCAGCCUCCGACCUCCCCAUCUCUCCAACCACUGAUCGAGGCCACACCUAGACUUUAUGGUAUGUUCAAGGCAACUCCUCCACCUGGACCUGGACGAUCUCGAAGAGCUAAGGAUGGAAAGUCCUGGACGUUCCACUCAUACUCACCUGUAGAGAUCUGCCUCCCACCUUCUGGCUCCCCCUCUCCUGCACCCGUAGCUCAGCAUCAGAAUAGGAACUUUCCAGAAUCGCAGCUACUGUGGAUCCUCCAUCAGCCUCCCUCUGUAAACCCCAUCCCUGUCCUCCCGGUGAAAGCCCUAGCAGACUCCCCCUGUGAUAGAAGCCUGCCCUCUACUGGUCUGGCAGACCCUGACCCAAACUCUCAGGCCAGAGAGAAUGAGCCCACCUCUACUGUCACUGAGUUGGAGACUGACACAGAGGCAGACCGUGCUAUGGAGUUGGAGGACCCAUCAGCCUGGGGUGAUAGAAAUGCAGAUGCCUGCUCGGACAGUACUUCUUCAGAUCUGCCAUUCACAGGGACUUUGUCUACUGAGAGGACCUCUAAUCAUCUCUCUCACAGUGUCUUAACCCAAACCCACCACCCCAAAAAAGAAAUUGACACGGACCCUAACAGUAAACCCCAUUCUGUGCGUUGGACCCAUACUUCCCCCCACAACAAUAACAAGAUAGUUUAUGACCAACAACAUGAGGAAGCUAAACAUAUCAGGUCACUUCAUCAGCGUGUGAACAACUGGAGAACUGAGCUGCCAACACGCAUUAGAGAGCUACUGGAGGGCCCCUAUCCAAGCCCCACCAGGACAGGUUCGGUGGUGGCCACUGAAAUGCCAACCAGGCAACCCAACACCACCCAGCCACCGAGCUCGACCAAUGGCAACAAUGUUAACAACUCAAGGUCCUGGCAACCCAGGGUCUUGAUAUUUCGGUUACCCAUCCCCACCCCCACUCCUGGAUGCGCUCUUCCUCAGUUUCUGCUCGUCCCAGGGACCAGCAAAGAUGAGAUUAUUCUACAAGAGAUUGCAGAAGACCACCAGUCCCAUGGCGAUGACAUCACACCACCAGAGUCAGACAACCUCCUCUGGACUAAGGCCCUGUCCUCCCCAGAGAGUCCCCCACUGCUCCAGUAUGUGAGCUGUGCGGCCUGCCACACUGUUGGCGGUUCGCUAUUCUGUGUGGAGUGUGGGAGGGGCUACCACCAAGAUUGUCAUAUCCCACCGAUUGGUCCUUCCUUCUGGGAGGAGUGGAAGUGUUCUCUUUGUCAGGACCUGGCCGACACCACAGACCCCUACAGUGAUGACAGGCACAGGACUAUGUGCCUCAGCCUAGCAGACCAGAGGAAAUGUGAGCAUCUCCUACUCUUUCUAAGGUGUGAGAAUGACAGAAACAUCCUUUGCAGCACGGCUGAGCCCCCCUCAGAUUCAAUAUGUCUUGACUCCAUACAUGGAAGGCUGCUACAACAUCGAUCACCCCCUUACCGUACCCCCUCCGAGUUUGUCUCUGACGUCUGGGUCCUUUUCGACACCAUGUUGAUGAACUCAAAGGACCAGGAGUUGGUUAUCAAGCUACGGGGCAGCUUUCAGAUGAAGUUAGGUGAAGUGUUUGGGACAGCUCUCCACCCCUCCCUCCUCAGCCACUCUAACAGCAGCUGGACUGAGACGGGGGAACCAACGGCUGCAGAGACUCUGAAGAGGAUGAGGGAGUUGCUGAACGUGUUCAAAGUGCCUAAAGCUAAGAAACAUCACUCCCAGGUCAGAGUUGAAGCAGAUGAAAAUGAAACAAAUACGAAAAAACUGAAAAAAGAUGCAGACUGAAUAAUGGCCAUUAAAGUGGAGACUCAGAAAUGCUAUGUUGUUAGUCAAUUAUAUACAACUGACAUUUUACUUUUUUUCAUUAAAUUAAAUACAGAAGGGA